AAUGGCGGCCGUACAAGGUGGUCUGAUUGAUACGGAGGAAGAGAAAGACAUCAAAACAGAACCAGCGAACGACGGCUGUGGAAAUAAUAAUAAUAAUAAUACCGCAAACGACGGAAGACUGCUCAAUGCAUCCCCGGGGAGUAUUUCUUCAGGUGGAAGUAACAAACCUGCAACGGGAGCGCUAGAGGACCAGCAGACGCUUCUUGCAGUCUUGCAGUUCCUCAAGAAAAACAAUCUAUCCGAGUCCGUCGAGAUUUUGCGCCGUGAAGCGGGCUUGUCGGAGGACACAGAAGACUCAAAGGGACUCGAUUCUUCCGGAGCAGGCUCGGGUGGUGCUGCGGGAAAUGUCGACUCGGAAAGCGGGGAUGCAAACUCUCUUCUCAGCCGAGUGUCGGUCUCAUCCUCCGCCGUUUCUGCAAGCGCGGUUCAGGCACCAUCCAAAGCAGGAGCCGGAGAGGACCAGCCGGACGUCAACGUGGUGUUGUCGGCUUACAGCCAGCAGGGGGACCCGGCUCUGUACGACGUUUACUACAGCAGCCUCAAGAAGUUCAUAGAGAGUGUCCUGGACUGCCACAGGGCUGAGCUGUCUCAGGUCUUCUACCCGCUGUUUGUCCACAUGUACCUGGAGCUGGUCUACAACAACCACGAAAAUGAGGCCAAGGCUUUCUUUGAAAAAUUCAGCGGGGACCAGGAGUGCUACUAUGAGGAUGACCUACGUGUCCUGUCAGGUAUGACCAAGAAAGAGCACAUGAGGGGCAACGAGACCUUGCUGGACUUCCGCACCAGCAAGUUUGUCCUGCGCAUCUCCCGUGACUCUUACCAGCUGCUGAAGAGGCACCUACAGGAGCGCCAGAACAACCAAAUCUGGAAUAUUAUCCAGGAGCAUCUUUACAUUGACAUCUUCGAUGGCAUGCCACGUAGCAAGAGCCAGAUCGAUGCCAUGUCGGGCAGCUUGGCUGGUGAGGCCAAGCGAGAGGCCAACAAGGCCAAGGUUUUCUAUGGGCUGCUGAAAGAACCGGAGAUCGAGGUGCCUCUUGAUGAUGAAGACGAGGAGGCAGAGAAUGAGGAGGGUAAACCUAAGAAGAAGAAACCCAAGAAGGACAGCAUGGGCUCUAAGAGCAAGAAGCAGGAUCCCAAUGCACCUUCGCAGAACAGAAUACCUCUUCCAGAACUAAAGGACUCAGACAAGUUAGACAAGAUCAUGUACAUGAAGGAGGCCACUAAGAGGAUUCGCCUGGGACCAGACACUCUGCCCUCCAUCUGCUUCUACUCCUUUCUUAAUGCGUAUCAGGGUCUGACGGCUGUGGACGUCACAGACGACUCCAGCCUGAUUGCAGGUGGUUUUGCCGACUCCACGGUACGGGUGUGGAGUGUCACACCGAAAAAGCUCCGCAAGGUUAAAUCUGCAGCAGACUUGAGUCUGAUUGACAAAGAGUCUGACGAUGUGCUUGAGAGAAUCAUGGAUGAGAAGACAGCCAGUGAGUCUAAGAUCCUCUAUGGACACAGCGGCCCAGUGUACGGCAUCAGCUUCAGCCCGGACAGAAACUACCUCUUAUCAAGUUCUGAAGAUGGUACAGUGAGGCUGUGGAGUCUUCAAACCUUUACAUGUCUGGUGGGCUACAAAGGCCACAACUACCCAGUGUGGGACACCCAGUUCUCACCGUACGGAUACUACUUUGUCUCUGGGGGACAUGAUCGAGUGGCUCGUCUGUGGGCAACUGAUCACUAUCAGCCUUUACGGAUGUUUUCCGGUCACCUGGCUGACAUCACGUGCACCCGCUUCCACCCCAACUCCAACUAUGUGGCCACAGGCUCAUCUGACCGCACCAUCCGCCUCUGGGAUGUCCUGAAUGGGAACUGCGUUCGCAUCUUCACUGGUCACAAGGGUCCUAUUCAUGCCCUCGCUUUCUCUCCUAAUGGAAAAUUCCUGGCAUCAGGAGCUACUGAUGGCAGAGUUCUCCUGUGGGACAUCGGUCAUGGUCUGAUGAUUGGAGAGUUGAAAGGCCACACUGAUACCAUUUAUUCCCUCAAGUUCAGCAGGGAUGGAGAGAUCCUUGCCUCUGGUUCCAUGGACAAUACAGUUCGUCUCUGGGAUGCAAUGAAAGCUUUUGACGAUUUGGAGACCGAUGACUUCACUGCAGCUACAGGGCACAUUCAUCUACCAGAGAACUCCCAGGAGCUUCUACUAGGCACCUACAUGUCCAAGUCCACACCUGUCGUACACCUUCACUUCACCCGUAGGAACCUACUGCUCGCUGCUGGGGCCUACAAUCCAUAGACACUCCUGAAAUUUAGUAUUCUACCAAGACUUGAAAUGAAGAGAUGUCUGGUCCUUGAGUGCCACAGGCCCCUUUUGAGAAUUAUGGAAAAACAGAAUUGAAAAUGAAACCUGCAUCGUCAAACUCACGGUUUGCUGAGCAUGUAGCUGUAAAUGAAGGUUAAUUUUAAGUAAGCAAACUUCUGACAUGGCUUUGUUUAAAGGAUGCAGCCCCUAAAGCAAAGUCACAUUGCAGAAAUCCCCCUGCCUAAGAGUGCCAUUUCUAAUGAUAGACUCAGUUUUCAAGUCACUGCCAUGAGCACAGCUUUGCUCACAAAAUAUGGCUGUUUCUGUAUCAUAGUAUUUUAUACUGGUGUAUGCUGUAAAUAAAACUCUGUUUUCUA